GAAUAGUCAGCAUGACGUCAUCGUUUACAUAGGUUGGCUGAUUCAAUCUAGAUGAAAAUGUGGUAUUAUUUAUAUCCGUGGAAUUUAAGUUGAUUGAUACACUUCAGAUUGUGAAGAUUAGCCAUGUUCACAGUUCCACGCUGGGAUCGUCUUAUUUCAACUUUCAAGAUGGCGCACCUUCCCCUGGAAGGCGGCUACUACAAAGCAGUGUAUCGCUCUGACGAAUGCAUACCUCAAGAACACCUGUCCGUACAGUUCAGCGGCGAGCGUUCGUUUCAGACGUCCAUCUAUUUCCUUCUCAUCAAGAAACAGGUCUCCAAAAUUCACCGGUUGAAAUCCGACGAGGUGUGGCACUUCUACGAAGGCAGCUCUCUCACGAUUCACGAAUUUACCCCUAACGGAGAAUACCGAACCCACGUCCUCGGCGCGGACGUUUCGAACGGCGAGUCGUUCCAGGUGGUCGUGCCCCGAAGUUCGUGGUUUGGCGCGUGCCUCAAUGACACGACUACUCACGCGCUGGUUGGAUGCACCAUGACGCCCGGGUUCGACUUCCAAGAUUUUGAAAUUGGUAACCGCGAGGAACUUGUGAAGCUGUUUCCAAGUCACAAACGAAUCAUAGAACAGUUAACCUGAUGGGCAAAUCGAUAUCGGUGGCAAGACGUAUAUAUAUAUAUAUAUAUAUAUUGAGGAUAAUAAACGAGUUACCAGUUAUUAUCACAUUUAUGUCCCGAGUGAAAUAAUUUUAAGUUGUCACGAGCUUUAGCCGAGUUUGU